AUGGUUUUGAUGUAUGCUUCUUUACUGAUAUUAUCUUUGACAACCUCCUUUGUUGUUGCUGAUCGUCGAGUUGAAUACUAUUUAAAUGUUUCUUAUGCAAAAAAUUCUUCUUCUGCUGUUUAUAUCAAUAAUCAAAUUCCUGGUCCAUUAAUUCAAGCUGAACUCAAUGAUAUUCUCAUUGUUCAUGUAACCAAUUACUUACCGGCACAUGAACGAUUGACUAUGCAUUUUCAUGGUAUGUACGUUCGACAAACUCCACAAAUGGAUGGAGUCGCUUAUAUAACUCAAAUGCCGAUCGAAAGUCAAAGCUCAUUCACUUAUGUUCUUCGCGCUUAUCCAGCUGGUACGUAUUUUUAUCAUUCGCACGCUGGCCUGCAAUCGGUUACUGCAUUUGGUGCUCUAAUUAUACAUGAUAGACAAAGACCUUGGAAUGCUUCGGAAAUCCCGUUAGGUCCGUUACUUUUCUCUGAUUGUUGGGAAAAACCUGAUCGGCUAACACAAGAACAGAAUCUUCUCGCAUCACCAUUCAUUUGGCAAGGUGAACCAACGUAUUUGUUAAUCAAUGGCAAAACUGAUCUUACGUUAACGUUGGAUCCGAAUAGAAAGUACCUUCUACGAUUAAUUGGUUCAACUACAUUGUCGACAGUUGUCUUCGGUAUCGACGAACAUCCGAUGACAGUUGUUGAAGUCGACGGAACGCUGAUUGAGCCGAAAGAAAAUGUGAAAUCGAUUGAACUUUCGUCUGGACAACGAUACGCGGUGAUGAUCGAAACAAAUCAUCGAUCAAGAGGAGUUUUUGUCAUGCGAUUAGCAAUACGAUGGAGAACACUUCUAACUGGCUCGAGUUGUUCGGCUAUUCUGCGUUACAGCACGUAUAUCAAUGAUAAAAGCGACCCAUCUUCUCUUCCGUUACCAAUCUUAGCCAAUGAAGAAGAAUUGCGUUCAUUUUCCUUUCAAAAUCCUUUUAAAACAUUACUAAUUAAUGAUCGUAUGCCAAAACGAACGGCUGAUCAAGAACUUUUUCUCUAUAACUAUCAAUCUCGUACUAAAAAUGGUUUAGGCAUGCGAUGGUUCACCAAUAAUGCAACAUUAGAUAAAUUACGCUUAAUAAAUCUAACACAGCCAUUGAUUUAUGAUGCUUAUAAUGGUAUUGAAGAUAAUUUUCCACACGAUGUCACAUACUCGAUCAAACAAAAUCAACUAGUUGACAUUGUACUUCAAAAUACUGUCGCUACUAACGGUGUUUGCGAAACGCAUCCAUUUCAUUUGCAUGGUCACAAGUUCUGGAUCCAUUCCCAAGGUAGAGGAAUGUAUAAUUCAUCGAUGAAACAAACUCCAGAUAGUGCCAAUCCAAUCUUGCGUGAUUCGCUAACACUCUAUGCAUCUUCGUAUGAUUAUUUGACACCGAACCGAUCGGCAUUGAAUUAUUUAAAAGCAUGUGGUUGGAUCAAAUUACGUUUUAUUGCAGAUAACCCUGGCUUAUGAAACACUUUUACUCCGAGAAAAUUAACUGAGAUUGAGAAUUCAAUUAUACAGAAAUCAUUUUCAAUGGCGGCUCAACAAGCAAACGUUACUGGUAAUAACCAAGUUGCAGCAUCACAUCGUGUUACUGACACGUUUUCUUCAUCUCGAUCCUAUGCGCCUGAAUAUCAAGUACAAACUGUUUACACAACCCAACGGCGUUUGUGCGAACAUUUACGUGAAGAGGCAAGACGUGAACGUACCAAAGUGUCGGUUGUUUGCAAAGAUCUCGUUCGAUAUGUAACCGAUCAUCAAUCGAAUGAUGUUCUUGUUGUCGGUUUUCAAUCGCCGAAAGACAAUCCCUUUCGUGAUAAACAGCAGUGUUCAUUACUUUAA